AUGUCUUGCUUCGGCGGCUACAACGAGCAGAUCUACUUAAUCGAGAUACUGAUCGAUAAAUUGACGUUGACGCCCGUUAAAAUCAAAGACAUCGGCGAACAUCCUAUCGUGAUUAAGAUCAUAUUCUUAGAUCUUCCCAUGUUCGAGUUUACACGCGACUCGGACGCGUCGAAGCGCGAUCAGGAGGACGUGCGUUUCACGAUGGGCAAAGGCUGUCUGUUCAUCAAACGACCGCGGGAUCUCGUCCAUGAACUUCGCUCGACGAAAGUGAGGAUAGGCGUGUUUCGUGGGGACGAUACUUAUCCUACCGCGGAGACCAAUUUAACCCUGCCGGGCUGCCUCUGCGAUCAAAUCGCCAUGAUCGAUAACGAUCCCGAAAAUCAGCCAAAGCCGUUUACAGUAAAGGGUGGUUUUCAUCUUCUCGAUCCAGGCGAGGAUCCAUCCGGCACAUUGUACAUGGAACUUGUCAUCGCGUGUCUCGGACGUGUUUCCAAAACGCAAUACGAGUUACUUCCGAAAUCUCUCGUUUCCGACAAACAAGACAAGGACCGGGAGAUCUAUGUGAAACGAUUCGUACCGCCCGAGUUUCUCGAAAAGAAAAUCUCCGAGAUUAUUAAUAACGAAGAGCGCGAUUUGAUGAUACGCGUAAGCUUCAUCGAUCUCACGUCUGUCGAUAUCGUUGCCGAAGAAUUAACCGAGCUUAAAGGAAGCAAGAACAAAGAAAAACGAUUCUCCGAUGAGUACAUCAACUACGAGGGUAAGACGUGUCUGUUCGUUCGAACGCCGAGCAAUUUAAUACGAUCUAUAAAAUCGACUCCUCUGAGCGUCGAAGUGUAUCGAAUUCUUCGCGAAGAGCAUCGUAACUCGCGAGAUGACGCUGGUCAGGUUCUUGUCUGCGCGGCAAUGGCAUUUCUGCCGAGAUAUUUCUGCGAUCGCAUAGUCGCGGCCAAGAACGAGAUAGACGGACCAUCGAAGCCGUAUACGUUGAUGCAAGUUUACACUUUAACCGACGAGCAAGGUCAGCCCUGCGGAUCUGUUUCAAUGUAUUUGAGACUGUCGUGUUUCGGAAGCUCAAUUAUCAAUCAUCUUACGCUUCAUGAAAAGUCGUUUGUGUUUCGAGGAUUUCCUCUCGGUUCGAAAUUUCAUUGCGAAAAUUUCGAAUUCUCCGAUGAAAAUAUAAACGAAAAGAAGAAUGGACAACGCGACGAUGACGCGUUUUUAUUAUUGAGCAAGAUUCUGGAUUCCGCAUAUUCGAAAUUGCACGACGAAAAAGAUAUAGAUGCUCGUUUCGCGUUGACGAGACCAGAAUCGCCGCCUCGUGUAUCGAUGAACCAACCGGGAUUCGAAAAGCUAACGAGCGCUGAGAAACUAAACGACCGUAAAUAUCGGGGUUUGAUUUAUGAGAUAUAUCCGGACGAGCCUACCUGUUCGUGUCUACCGACAAAUCGAUCGACGCACCCUAUGAUAUGUCGUUCCGGAUGCGUUCGCUCUUGUUGCAUGGCUUUGAGAAAUCCCGAUAAUCUCAAAAAUCCAUCGCUCGCUACGCUUACCGAUUGCAACGACAAUUUACAUAUGGAAUCAGGUGCGGAAGAAGAUGUAAAUUGUCCCGACAAUACGAGAAUGAGAGGUGGCGACGAUACAGACGAUAAUCAUUUAAAUAGCAAUGCGUUAUGGAAUGAAGAGUGGUACAGACAUAACAAUUUUAAAAAUCGUAUGAAGGGCGGAAGCGACUACGGUGCGGCUUCCGAAACGACAACUAGCAUCAUAUAUAAAAAGAGUAAAAAAGCAGGCAUUAACUCACCGUAUAAGUCACGUCCAAGACCCACGGAUGGAGCGAAGCCAGCAGCGGGUUGUGUUUGUCCAGGGAGGGAUCUGUCAUCUUGGAGAACGGGAACCUCGAAGUGCACGAAGAAACCUUGCGUGGGCGCAGAUUGCAUGAUACGCGCCUUUAAGGAGGCUCAAGAAUUCGUGGACUCCAUUGGCAAGGUGCCAGGUCUGGUGGGCCUCGGCUUGAUGGAUCCAUCCGAAAGUCCCUAUUUCGGAAGAGACGUUGAUAAAGAUUAUUCUGUCCAGAAAAUACCAAGCGAGAGAAAACGAGCAUCUCCCGAUCCUUUCGCGACAUUGCCGAAUUUACAAUGUACCGCUCCUUGUAACACGCAAAUUAAACCCGUCAUCAGCGCUCAAACCAUCAAAUCGCAAACUAAAUCUUCUAUAUCUACCCUUCCCAUAAUGACAGCAGUCCCAGGACGCCCCGGUGUCGUUCGCGAAGCGAUACCAUCGUUACCGGCAGCAACGCUAGACCCGAUCACCGUCAAGAAGAAAAAGGACAAGAAGGAGGACAAGAAGGAGGAAAAGCUGGAAAAGCAGAAAGAAAAAGAGCCGGACGUUGCGACGACCGCACCGUUGGAUGUUGACGUCGGUCCCUGCGGCGAGCCAAAAUGCAAAUCUCGCCGAAAGAAACCCCGCGACGACCGGCCGACACCGCACGAAAUCGUCGAAGAAACGCAAAAAUCCUUGAUACCGCCGAGCACCGUAAAGGACGUUAGUAAAUUUAUCAAAAGACGACCAUAUCCAAGAGGUAAAGCUCUACCUGGCCCGGAUGGUGACCGCGACGUCGCGAGAGGUCCAAUUAAAGUUAGCAAACGCGUGAUGCGCCACAUUUAUUCAAUCGGCGACGUUUAUCCCGGGACUAAUUACGGCCACAAGAACUGCAUCGAUCCGCGAAUGAGGAUACCGGCCAACAUGGGCUGGCUGUGGAACACGAGCAUGAUGGUGGGCCAGCUGAAGUAUCCACGUAUCGGUUGGAAACCGGGCGCCAUCGGCCGUUACUUGAACGAAUUGCUGAAGGCGGCUAAGGGCGCUUCCCUGCCGGAGGAUAGUCGGUCGAGGUCGAUACCCUCGCGGACCGGCCUGCGACGCAACAAGUUGUACAAGAGCCUGAGCCACAUUUCGUCGAAGAAGGAGGAGGCCGAGGAGGAAGUGGAACCGCCGCCCACCUUGCACAUCCACCGGAAGGACGGCACGUAUUACGUAACGAUGUAUCCGAUUAGGCAGGAGACCGGGGACGUGCCGCAGCUCGAGGAGCCGAUGAAGCCGCUCCAGUUUAAGAUAGUACGCAACAAGGACGACGUCUCCGUCGCGUCGAGUUCCACGGCGUCGGACAUGGAGAUCGAGUUCUCGCCACCGGCAGCAGUCAACAGGUACCGGAAGAAACCCGACGUGAUUCACGUGGACACCCAGGUCAGGCAGCAGGAGAUCCUGGACGCCUUCAAGUCACCGGUCGACGCACCCAAGAAGAAGGAAAAGAAGGGCAGGAAAGGAAAGAAGUAA